AUGUCGUUUUCUUUUGGUACUCCUUCAAGUGCUCCAGCAAGUGGUUUAUCCGGGGGUUUUAGUUUUGGCGCUAACAAGCCCGCCACACCUGCCUUUGGUUUAGGUGGUACUCAGCCAUCCUUAGGGCUUUUUGGUACACCUGCUACAUCAGCUCCAGCAUUCGGGACAGCAACACCGGCUUUUGGUUCAACGCCUGCAUUUGGUGCCACAUCCACAGCCCCAACAUUUGGAGCAAAUGCUACACCUGCAUUUGGGGCAACUCCUGCUGCUCCUACAUUUGGAGCUAGUUCUACUCCAGCAUUUGGUGCAACAUCUGUUGCCUCAACAUUUGGUGCCACAUCAGCAGCACCUGCUUUUGGUGCAACAACUACACCGGCAUUUGGCGCAAUAACUACACCGGCAUUUGGCGCAACAUCUACUCCAGCAUUUGGAGCUACAUCUACUCCUGCUUUUGGUACUGCUUCUACUGCAUCUGCAUUUAGAACUACAACACCGGCCUUUGGUAACACCUCAUUUGGAAGUAGUCUUAGCACUGGAUUGGGUUUUGGAGCAACAACUACUACUUCAGCUACCAGUCUUUCAUUUGGUACAACGACGACAACAAGUGCAGGCUUGGGUGGCCUUGGCGGUUUUGGGUUUGGUGCUUCGACCACUGCACAGCCUAACAUUGGGCUAGGUGGUACAACUACUACAGGGAGCUUUGCAACAACUAGUCUGGGGUUGGGAGGAGCGGCACCCACUAACACAGCAGGAGCCAGCGAUGGCAAAAGUGAACCUCCAAAGCAGACGAAAUUACCAAACGAGGUAUCGACAACGGUGGAAGCUUUUAAAGAAUUUGUUAAGAAACAGAAAUCUCUGAGCUCCGACAUCAUGAGGGUGUCUAUCAAGCCUCUGCAGAAGGUGAGUCGCGAAGCGGAGUGCACUCUGCGCCUGGCCAUGGCCCUGAACAGCGAGACGUCGCGUUGUCGCGCUCAGUCGCGUCGGCUCCGCACCUCCGCCGCCGCCGCCCUCGCCGCCGCCGAGACCGCCAACAGAGACCCGCCGGGUUCCGAGUUGGAAGGAAUAACUCCGCCGACGUACGUGAAGGACCUGAUAUCGGAGUUAGAGCAGCAGAUCAUCACUUUCAGGAGACAGAUGGACGUGGCCGACAAGCAGAUGCAAUCCUCGCCCAAACUGCUCACCGAACAGGAAUUGACCAUGGGCAUGCGCCGGAUGCACGAGUCGUUCGUGGCGUUGGCUGGAAGACUGCAGGCCGUGCACGCGCAGGUGCAAGCGCAGAAGGAGCAGUACCUCAACUUCAGGAAGUACGUGCUGAAGGACCCCACCGACGUCUUCGACACCAGCGCGAGCGCGAGCCUGGACCAGAUAUUACGAGACGCGGAAGGAACGAGAAAGAAGAGCAAGUCGGGGUUCCCGAGCGAGCUGGGGUUCGACGGCGCCGUGCUCUCGGACCCCAGGGCCGCUUUAGGAAACGCGCAGCAGUUGGCCGGCCCCACGCCCUUCACCUACCUCGGCAGCACUCUGUCGCCCUUCUCCGCCGCCGAGGCCCAAGGAUCGAACUGGCAGCCCACGCCGCAGGCGGUGAAUUCGUCGUUGAACUUUAGCGGUUUCGGGUCUCAGACGGACAGUUUUCAGCUUCAAAAACCGCCCGGAAAACGCGGAAAGCAGUGA